AUGGAAGUUACUUCUGCAAUCCAUCGUCUCUGUCUCUUUCACGAAGAACCGCGAUUCUCCUCUUCCACACUCUUGCGCUCUCAAAGAGGAACAGCACCUUGUAAAUAUCCAUUUUUCAAUUGUGCUUCUAAAACUGGUUUCUUAGGCAUCCCCAAGCAGCAAAGAAACGUGUUGAGGGUAUCAUUUUGUCCCAAAAUUGACUUAAGUGGAUCUCGUUACUGUUACAAAUUGAAUCUUCAAAAUAAACUCCCCAGGGAUGUUAUUGUAAGAUCCGAUAUUACUGCAGCCGGGUCUGCAGGAGAAGACUAUUCAAUACCUGAGCUCAAAUUGGAAGCAAAAGUUAGGGGAGUUUGUUUUUACGCCGUUACUUCCUUUGCUGCAAUAUUUCUUUUUGUGUUGAUGUUGGUUGGACAUCCAUUUGUGCUCCUGUUUGAUCGUUACCGGAGAAAGUUCCAUUAUUUUGUUGCCAAACUCUGGGCUACGCUGACUGUCACUCCGUUUUUCAAAAUUGAAUAUGAAGGGUUGGAGAACCUUCCGCCUCCGGAUACUCCUGCCGUGUAUGUUUCCAAUCAUCAGAGUUUUCUAGACAUAUAUACUCUUUUAACUCUCGGAAGAAGCUUUAAAUUCAUAAGCAAGACUGGGAUAUUCCUUUUUCCAGUAAUUGGGUGGGCAAUGUUUCUUUUGGGUGUUAUUCCUUUGAAGCGCAUGGACAGCCGAAGCCAGAUGGAGUGUUUUAAAAAAUGCAUGGAUCUCAUCAAGAAAGGUGCCUCUGUUUUUUUCUUUCCUGAGGGAACACGCAGUAAAGAUGGAAAGUUAGGUGCAUUCAAGAAGGGAGCUUUCAGCAUUGCUGCAAAGACUAAAGUACCAGUUGUACCAAUUACUCUUAUUGGAACCGGCCAAAUCAUGCCUGCAGGAAGGGAGGGUAUUGUUAACUCAGGUUUCGUGAAAGUUAUUAUACAUAAACCUAUAGAUGGUAAUGAUCCUGACAUGUUAUGCAAAGAAGCUAGAAAUAAAAUCGCAAGUGUGCUGACUCAAGCCUGA